AUGUAUACCGACUUCGACUGUGUCGUAUGCGGAGUUGGUCAAAAACUGAGCAGUCUCUACAAGCACCUGAGACACGCACAUGGAUGGACCGAAGAACUGAUAAAGGAUGAAAAGAUUCGCAUCAAAACCGCUAAAUACCCAGAAGUGUGGUCGUGCGACCAGUGUGACAAGCGACUUCAUGGGACUGGGCCGGCUCGGUCAUCAAUGGUAAGAGUGUUGUGCCCAAAAUGUAGUGAACGUUUUCGUACUCAUCGUGAAUUGGCCCAGCAUUGCGGAAGCUCACAUAGCGACGAAAAUGUAGAAUCGCCAGAUUUUUCGGUAUUUAGCGGAAGUUUCAGCAGCAUGAAAGAUUUUGAGGUAUGGAAGACCUCCCUGGAGAAGUCAACUUUCGCAAAAUUUUCAAAAAGAGACUCUAAGCCGCGUAAGAAUGGUAGGAAACAUCUUUACCUAUGCAGGCAUGCUCGAGGACCUAAAGCAGAUAUAGGUGCUGAAGUCCGUCAUGUUCACAGCAAAAGCAAGCGAAUUCAAUCGCACUGUCCUGCCCACUUGAAGGUAUUUGAACGAAAUGAUGGCACUGUCGUAUACGAAGGUUGCGCUGGGCACCUUGGACAUGAAAUAAAUGCGGCAUCUCUUCGGUCUAGAGCAAAGUCGUCAAGAAACUUACCGCAAACGCAUGGAAGCCUAUCCGAUGUUGCAAAAGACGUAGCAGGUACCUAA